UAUUCUGAUAUUUGGUACAUUGUGUGGGCUUAACGAAAAAUAAUGCUUGGCGUUGUACGUCGGCUGGUCUCCCAGGCCUUCCCGCAGCGCCUGCGACCACGUCCCCAGGCUAUCCAGCGCCGCUCCGCCUCGCAGGCGGUAAACCAGAUGUUGCAGCUCCAGCAGAUGGACAUGUGUGCGGAUCCUCCAUCCCGCGGACUUGUGGUCGGCGUGUUCGCCGACGAAACGGACCGCAAUGAUGCUGGCGUCCUCACCGCGGCCGGUUGGCGGUACAAUGUCCAGAAGACUGCCGGCCGAUUGCUAGAGGUCCUCCGCAUGUCCGGACCCAUGCCCAAGCGGGGCGAGGCUCGCCUUUUCUUCGCGAUCGAGCCAGAGCGCAUCCCCUACUACUCUGUGGUUGCUGUGGUCGGCCUCGGCAAGGAGUGCCUCGGCUACAAUCCCUACGAGGUGCUCGACGAACAGAAGGAGGCGAUCCGUCGCUCCGUGGCCGCCGCCUGCCGUAUCCUGGCCGAGCUGGACACCGACAGAAUCGAAGUUGAAAACUGCGGCCACGCCGAGUCCGCCGCCGAGGGGGCCGCAUUGGGCAUCUGGCUCUACCAGGAGCUGCGUAACCCACAGAACAGGAUUCCAGUGCCGUCGCUGGACUUAUACGCAAGAAAAGACGAGGUCUGCGACCUCGAAGGAUGGCGCAUUGGUCUGCAGAAGGCAGCCGCCCAGAACCUGACGAGACAGCUGCAGGAGAUGCCCUCCAACCUCCUCACACCCACAGCUUUUGCGCAGAAUGUCGUCGAGGUGCUGUGCAAAUCCGGUGUCAAUGUGGAGGUCAAGGUCGAGGGCUGGGCCGAGAGCCAGUCAAUGCACGCCUUCCUGGCUGUGGGCAAGGCCUCGUGCGAGCCACCCAUCUUCCUGGAGCUGAGUUACUACGGCACCUGUGCCGAGGAGCGCCCCAUUGUGCUGGUGGGCCAAGGCGUGACUUACGAUGCUGGAGGAUUGUGCCUGAAAGAGAAACAUGAGCUCUUCCAUAUGCGUGGCGACAUGACCGGGGCCGCCGUUGUGGUGGCCUGUUGUCGAGCUGUGGCUGGCCUGCGUUUACCGGUCAACAUUCGCGGCCUGAUACCUCUUUGUGAAAACGUAGUGGGCUGCAAUUCGGUCCGUACUGGGGACAUGGUCAAGUCCAUGAACGGCAAGACCAUCGAGAUCCAGUGCACCGAUCACGAGGAUGUACUGGUCCUGGCAGACGCCCUGCUGUAUGCGCAAAACUUCUGUCCCAAGUGCAUCAUUGACGUCGGCACCUGCUCGGGCUACAUGCGGCAGGCCCUGGAUGAGUCGGCUGCGGGGGUCUUUACCAACUCGGAGAUCCUGUGGCAGCAGAUCAAGCACGCCAGCAUGCAUACCGGAGAUCGUGUGUGGCGCUUCCCAUUGUGGAAAUAUUACAGCAAGGCCGUGCGUGCCGGGGGACGCAGCGAUGUGCAGAACUAUGGCAUUGACCGAGGUGGACGUCCCUGCAAGGCCGCUGCCUUUCUCCGUGAGUUUGUGCCCUGUGGCCAGUGGAUGCAUAUUGAUGCCACAAAUGUUAUGGUGACAAAGGGCUUCGAAUACGAGUAUCUGCGCAAGGGAAUGGCCGGCCGCCCGACCCGAACACUGGUGGAGUUUAUUGCUCAGACGAUUUGCAAGGAUACGGCCCCACGUUUGGCCAAGUAAUCAAUCUCUAACGGGAAUCCAAUGUUAUAUAUAUUUUUUACUGUGUUUUUUGACGAUGCCACACACGAACACAAAAAUACACUUGAGCUAUGAUCACUCUAUUUUACAUAUGUUUUCGCAUUUUUAAUCUCCACACAAACACAUGCGGCACAUUCGUUUAUUAUGAAAUUGUAACGUAUAAAACAGAGAAACAGCGCUA